AUGGUUGAAGUUUCUUGGAGUGCCCCGGUGUAUGGUAAUCCUGAUUUUGUUUUUCCCUUCAAGCUAAAGAGAUUGAAGGUGGCUAUGAAAGUGUGGAAUCAGCAGGUGUUUGGUAAUGUGAAUGCAAGGCUAAGUCAGGCUCAAUUGAGGUUUGAAGUGGCUAGUAGGAAUUCUGAUGAAGACCCGUUUGACACUUUCAAGCAAAAUGAGAUGAAGGAUGCGUUGGCGUUGGUUAAUGACGCACGUAUGCAGCAACAUAUUAUGUUGAAGCAAAAAUCUCGAAAUAAAUGGAUUUUGGAGGGUUCAAGUAAUUCUUCUUAUUUUCAUAGUUCAAUUAAAACUCGUAGAAGUUCUAACACAAUUUCGGAGUUGGUGAAUGAGGAGGGGUGUAUUAUUAAUGAGCCGGACCAGUUAAGAGACCAUGUUGUUUCUUAUUAUGAAAACAAGUUCAAUGGAGUGGAUGAGCCGAUUAAGGAUAGUUUGUUUGGGUAUGAGCAUAAUUCAAUCUCACAUGAGGAAAGGCUGAUGUUGGAUUCUAUUCCUUCUUUAGAUGAAAUUAAGGGAGCGGUUUUUGAUUUGAAUGCGGAUAGUGCUCCAGGUCCAGAUGCAACUAGACUUGUUAAAGUCUUGGAUAAGUUGGUCUCGGAGGAGCAGGUGGCGUUUAUGAAAGGGAGGAACAUUCAUGAGAAUAUUAGUUUGGCUUCUGAAUUGGUUAAUGAGUUGCACAUUAAAAGAAAGGAUGGAAACUUAGGUCUCAAGCUGGAUAUCUCUCAAACAUUUGAUACGGGGAAUCAGAAGAGUCUGACAAACUCGUUGAGGUUGCUUGAGGUUUAUCAACAGGCGUCUGGUCAAAGGGUUUGUAGGGAGAAGAGCAAAAUUUAUUUUGGAGGUGGGUCGUUGCAUAGGAGGCAGGCUAUUGCUAAUUUCUUAGGCAUGGGUGUUACUUUCUUUCCGGAUAGAUAUUUGGGAGUUAAGGUGAUGCCUGGUAGGGUGAAAUAUAGUCAUAUUAGUAAUGUGGUGGAUAAGUUGAAGGAUCAUCUCUCGGUGUAUAAAGGUAAAAUGCUUUCCUUUCAGGAUCGUGUAGUGCUUAUUAAAUCUGUCCUUGCAAGCUAUGACAUUUAUAACAUGGUUGUGUAUAGGUGGCCUGUUAAAUUUGUUAAGCAAAGUGAACGUGUUAUUCGUAAUUUUCUUUGGUCGGGAGAUUCAGACUUGGCUAAAUCUUUUGUGGUGGGAUAUGAUAAGAUUUGUAGUCCGGUGAAGGAAGGGGGUCUUGGGCUUACUAGCUUGAGUAAUAUGAACAAGGCUCUGAUCAUGAAGUUGUGGUGGAGUAUUAAAACUUCUAAGAAGAAUUGGGCUAGAUUUAUGGAGUCGAAAUACACUUGUAGAGAUGGUCGUCUGAAGAUGGCAGGAGUUAAAUCUUCAAUUUUGCCGGGUAUUCGAUGGGUGCACACCGAAGUUAUGCGCAAUACUAAAUCCUUAAUAGGUGAUGGUAGGGAAACUUCUUUAUUUUUUGAUGUUUGGUAUGGUUCUGUAACUUUGGCUGAGGUCUUGCAGAGAACUGACCUUGACAGACGUGCGAGAGUUAGUGAUAUCAUAGUGCAGAAUCAAUGGCAUUUGGAGGGAGAGCAUAUGCGUGACCUUGCAAGUGCUGGUGUGGCUAGGGCGAAUUUACCAAUAAGGCUUAUGGGAAGUGAUGAGAGGAUUUGGAUGCCAGAUCUAAAGGGAAUGUUUUCUGUCAGGUCUGCAAGGGAUUUGGUGCGCAGCAAGUAUCCUUUGCUUCUUGAAGCAAAUAUGUUGUGGAGGAGGGUGGUGCACCCGGCUUUAGCAGCUCAGAAUUGGAAAUUUGUUAGGAGAGCUUGUGCAACUCUGGACAAAGUUAAGAGUAGAUUCAAGAUUGCUCUUCCAUCUCGGUGCAGUGUGUGUCAGAUUGAGGAGGAGUCUUUGGAGCAUAUUCUCUGGAGAUGUAGUGCUGCUAAACGUGCUUGGCAGUGGUUGGAAGGUAUUUUUCAUCUUAAAUCUUGUUAUAACUUGAUUGCUUCUAAUAAACAAACAAAAGGUUGUAGUAGAAUGGUUAAAGAUCUGUGGCUUCUCUCCAAUCUAGUGGUGCGUUCAGAACUGUGGUUUCAAAGGAAUAAGAUGGUUUAUGAGAAGAAGAAACCUUGCUGGAAUUUCUUCAAGAAGCGUGUGUUUAAUUUCAUUCAUGAAUACUCAGAUAGAAUGAAGGGGUGUAUGCUUAACAGGGUUGAAGAUCUGGAGAUAUUGGAUUUUUUCAGAGUUAAAUGCCGUAAGGUGAAGAUCUUGGAACCUGUUGAGUGUCUUUGGCAGCCUCCAAUGCAAAAUCAACUCUUGUUGUUUUGUGAUGGAGCUUCUAGAGGUAACCCAGGGGCGGCCGGAGCUGGAGUGGUGGCUAGGAAUUCAGCUUGUGAAGUGGUGGGAGCAAUGUGUGUUGUCCUUGGUGUUAUUUCUAAUUCUUUGGCGGAAUUAUAUAGCAUUCUAAUUGGCUUAGAUUGGGCAGUUCAAUGGGGUUACAGAGAUGUGCUUUUAAGGACUGAUUCUAUGAGUGUUAUAACUGCUUUGGAAGGGGAUAAUAUACCAUGGUUUGCAAGACAGAGAUGGUAUGAAGCUAAAGUCAAGUUUGAUUCUAUUCAAUUGGUGCAUACGUUUCGUGAAGCAAAUUUUGCAGCUGAUAAGAUGGCAAAGACUGGUUGUUUUUUAGAUUCUGGAAUUUUGGCUACAAAACUGGAUAGUGUUCUUGAUAAUCUUGUUUCAGAAGAACAAGUUGUUUUUAUGAAAGGGAGGAACAUUCAUGAAAACAUUAGCGUGGCUUCUGAGAUGGGCAACAUGAAGAGUUUGCAUAAUCUUCUUGAUUUGCUUGGUAAAUAUCAAACGGCCUCGGGACAAAAUGUUUGUCGUCAAAAGAGUAAGGUUUACUAUGGUGGUGGUUCCUUGAGUCGCUGUAGACCAAUCACUAAUUUACUUGGUAUGAAAGUUUCUACUUUUCCGGACAGGAAAGGAAAAUUACUCUCUUUUCAAGACAGAAUUGUUCUUAUUAAUUCGGUGAUUGAUAGCUAUGCCAUUCACAACAUGGCUGUUUAUAAAUGGCCUAAGAAGUUCAUUCAACAAGAUGAGAGGGUUAUUCGAAACUUUCUUUGGUCCGGAGAUGCUGAAGUUGCUAGAAAAUUUGUUGUCGGUUUUCCUAAGGUUUGUUUACUUUUGAAGGAAGGUGGGUUGGGUAUUACAAGCAUGGCUGUCACUAAUAAGGCUCUUCUUAUGAAAUUAUGGUGGAGCAUUCGUUCUUCCAGCAAGAAAUGGGCUCGUUUCUUAUGGGCGAAAUAUACUUCUCGGCUUGGUAGAAUUAAGCAAUAUGGUGUGAAUUCUUCGAUUCUUCCGGGCAUUAGACUAAUUCAUACUACUGUGGACAGAAAUACCAAAGUGCUUCUUGGUGAUGGGAGGAAUACAUCUCUUUAUUUUGAUGUUUGGUAUGGUAAUGAGUGUAUAGUUGAUAUUUAA